GAAGUCAGACAAAAACAUUUCAACAAGAACCAUCAACCACAAAAACAAUCAUUAAGAAAAAAUGAAAGUCUUGUUGAGUUUUGUUUUUGGGGCAACGUUAUGUAACGUUUAUGGCUUAACACUACCGUCUUAUAUGAAACAAUGCAGCAUAUCAGAUCCAAACGUAAACGAAUGUUUCAAAACUAGUGGCAACAACGCUUUGGAAUCAGUAUUAAAAGGAGAUCGAAAAUACAAAAUCAUCAAAAUGAACCCUUUGGAACUACCAAAGGUUGAUUUAAACUCCGGGGGAACCUUUACGAUGUCAUUAAAAGAUGCAGUUAUUAAAAAUUUGAAAUCAACCAAAAUCUUAAACGCAAAUAUUCAAGCUAAUCACUGGGAAUUUGAGGUGUCCAUAGAUCCGAUGAUCAUCGAAUCACAAUACGAAAUAAACGGCAGGAUUUUGAUUUUACCCAUAACAGGAAAUGGUCCGUCCAAAAUCACAUUGGAAAAGGGUAUCUAUUCGUACGUGGUCGAUUUAAAAACGAUCGAAAAGAAAGGCGUCGAAUAUUUGGCCAUCGACAAAUCGAAUUUGGAAGCGAAAUUGGGACACGUUCGAUUCCAUUUCGAAAAUUUAUUCAAUGGGGAUAAAAGAUUAGGUGAUCAAAUGAAUACUUUCGUCAAUGAAAAUUGGGAGGAAUUUUUGAAGGAAUUGUACCCGGCGAUGGUAAAAAUAAUGAGAACCAUCGUUGAUAACACUAUAACUGGUUAUUUUUCAACCAUACCAAAGAAAGAUGUUUAUGCAGCUUAAAAAAAUUGCACCAAAAAUUGUAUUAUAUAUA